UAUAAGACAUGACAUUGACACCGUGCAAGAUAGAAUAUCAUCUGGAAGCAUCUGAAACAAGAGCUUCAAGUCUACUACUCAUCGACUGUAAAGCCACAACAGAAAUGACUGGAGCUGCUGUGUCCGUGUGCCUGCUUUUUCUCCUAUCUGUAUGUUCAGCGUGUUACAUCUCCAACUGUCCUAUUGGUGGGAAGAGGUCCAUCAUGGACGCACCACUGCGCAAGUGCAUGUCAUGCGGCCCUGGAGACAGGGGCCGCUGCUUCGGCCCCAGUAUCUGCUGCGGGGAGGGCCUCGGCUGCCUGCUGGGCUCCCCAGAAACAGCUCACUGUGUGGAGGAGAACUACCUGCUCACCCCCUGUCAGGCAGGAGGGAGACCCUGUGGAUCUGAAGGAGGACGCUGUGCUGCUUCAGGACUGUGCUGUGAUGCAGAGAGUUGUACAACAGAUCAAUCCUGCCUCAUCGAGGAGGAAGGAGACGACCAAACCGGACAAUUCGAAGGCAGCGAUCCCGGUGACAUUAUCCUCAGGCUCUUGCACCUGGCUGGUCACACUUCUCCUCAUAGAAUCCACCAAUGAGCUGCCUCUAACAACAAGGUCUCACAGGAAAUUCUGCAGCUGUAUAGUUGAAGUGGGACUAGUGUUUAUUCAUAUUGUCGCAUUUCUAUGUUUGUCAUCAUAACUCUGAUUUUGCUGUUUCCCCUGGAGUACUUCUGUAGAGUGCCUUUGUCAAUAUAUUUUUAUGUAUGAAAAUAGGGAUGAAUACUGACAGUGGUCAUCCAGAUAUCUGCAUGUUGAAAUAAAGUUUUGAGAGAGUAUCAAA